AUGGAUGAAGUACAUGCCAGUAUUGGAAACCGUGAAAAGCCAUUAGUGGAACAACUUAAUGAUGAAUUUACAGACGCAGUUUUACCUGUUACCGUUUUUGUUGGAAUAGAGGUGGUUCUAGGUUUUUUCGGAAAUGUUCUGGUGAUAUACGUAUUUCUAUUUCGUUACCAUGUGUGUAACUUUAGAUAUUUUGUGCUAUGUUUGGCUUUUAUCGACAUAACAAGCACGUUGACCACAAUGCCGGGCGAAAUGGUAACGCAUCUAUACUGGUAUGUAUAUCCUGUGGAGGAAAUUUGUAAAGUUAAGUCAUUCUUUAACAUGUUUACGGUAGUCGCGGAGGCUUUGAGCCUGUUAACAAUUGCAACAGACCGCUAUAGAAAGGUUUGUCAACCUUUUGGUUGGCAGAUAAAGCCAAAUAGUGCUAAAAUUAUCUGCUUAAUAAUAUACAUUGUCGCUUUCAUAAUGGCUUUGCCAGUUCCAUUUUUAUGGGGUAUUAGUUUUCAUGAAACGGUUUAUAAAGGAGUUAACAUUACCACGACGGUCUGUGAGACCGAUGACGAAUAUCAAAAUACUAAACGUCCUCUGCAGUACUCAGUGACCAUGGAAACAAUACUAUCAAUAUGCUUGAUUGCUAUGUUUGUCGUAUACAUGUUUGUUGCAAGAACUCUUAUGAGAACUAAAACGACGGAACCCGUGUCGUCUGCUGUUCAGCAAGCAAGCUCAUCAUUCGCUGAUGCUUCCUCUUCCAUUGCCGUUGGAAUUAAAGAGAAGCCGGUAUACAGUGAUACAGGCUACUCCUCAAGUGCAGCAAGUGAUCAACAAAAACAUCAAAGCCGAAAACGUACAGAACAAUCACUAGCAGAAGUUAAAUCAGUUUCACCCGAACCAACAAAAACUACAUCUGACACAGAUUUGUCUGAAACCCGUAAGGAAAAGAAUCCUUCCUCUUCUUUUGCCUUGAAAAACUUUUCCACAGUGGGAUAUUCAGACGAUGGGCUUACCACUGAUGAAGACAGGGGGUUAACAACGGAUGAAGAAGAUUCUGGUAAACGGCAACGAGUGUUUAGUAUAGCUACUAAACGAGGACAAUCAAGGUCAAGAAAAUCUAAGAAAACUUGUACCAGAACCAGGAGAUUACGACGAAAAACUUUGAUCAUGCUUGUUUUAACUGUGAUCUUUACGGUCACUACUGUACUGUACCUGACUCUUCUGUCAUUUAUCGCGAUGCCAACCGGAGUUUUGGAAACCUUGAGUCAUACUGAAAGAGCAGUCUAUUUCCUGUUCUUUCGUUUUUACUUUAUCAAUCACGUGAUCAAUCCAGUUGUUUACGGACUGCUUGAUCCCCAUUUCAGACAGGUGUUGCAGAGAAUGAAAUGUUGA